AUGGCUUGUCGAUGUCCCCGUAGCUCGCGGGUGUUCCUGCCCUUUCUCUACCCAUCACUUUUCUCUCCCGGCGGCAUAUAUCGUUCCGGCCUGGCCGCCGCCCUCAAUGGCACGCGACGGAGCAGCACCGAGGCCGGCGCAUCGCGGCUGAACCCGGCGCCCGACGACUAUUCGAUGCCCUACUUCGCAGAUAAGGCCCGUCUGACAAUCCACGCCGGCAGCGGUGGCAACGGCUGCAUCUCGUUCCUGCGCGAGGCGUUCAUGGAGGACGGGCCUGCCAACGGCGGCGACGGAGGACACGGCGGCAAUGUCUACAUCCAGGCCGUGCACGGCGAGACGUCGCUGCACAAGCUAGCCCGGAGGAAGGUCAUACGCGCGGGGAAAGGCAAGAGCGGGAUGGGUAGCUCCAGGUCGGGGCAGCGCGGGGAGGAUGUGGUCAUCGCUGUGCCCGUCGGCACCGUCGUCAGAGAGAUCAGCCGGGACGACCCGGAAGGAGAAAGCCGCUUUCUGCGCAAGAGGCAUAGGAGACGAAAAGCGCUGCCAGUGGAGGAAGGUCCGGAUGGAGAGCCAAUCGAAGAUCCGGACCGUCACAAGUGGCUGAUCUACCCUGGCAUAUCCUCCUCGGACAUGAAGAGGAUCGAGCUGCCGAGAUUGCCGAACCGGGAUCCCAUCUUCUUGCCACCCAAGGAGCCAGUCCAUUUGGAUCUGUCCCGGCCGACACCCCGGCCGAUCUUGCUCGCAGCAGGGGGCGUCGGCGGGCUGGGAAACCCCCACUUCGUGAGCAAGGGCACACCAAAGCCCAUGUUUGCCACCAAGGGAGAGCGCGCCAUGUCGAUGGAGAUCGAGCUGGAGCUCAAGCUCCUCGCUGACGUCGGCCUGGUCGGCCUGCCGAACGCCGGCAAGAGCACCCUGCUCCGUUCCAUCAGCAACAGCCGCACGCGAGUGGGCGACUGGGCCUUCACCACGUUGCAGCCCAACAUCGGCACCGUUGUCCUCGACAACAACAAGGGCCGUCCGAUGUUGACGAGCUACCGCAAGGUUUCAGACGCCCCGCCUUCCAGGGACGACCCUUUCAAUACCUCCUCCGGCUCGGAACCCGAGUUUGAGCGCCGCACCAGGUUCACGAUCGCUGACAUACCCGGGCUGAUUGAGGGUGCUCACCUCGACAAAGGCCUCGGCAUUGCCUUCCUCAGGCACGUCGAGCGGGCCGGUGUACUCGCUUUCGUCCUCGACCUCGGCGCCGGGAAUGCCGUGAAGGCGCUCAAGGCGCUGUGGAACGAGGUGGGCUUGUAUGCACAGAUGCGCGAGGACGAGGAGCGCGAGCGGCAGCGCCAGGCGGCCAUUGAUUGGAGUCUUACGGCGGGGACUGAUGUGCAAGACGACACUUUCUGGCCGAGCUCCAUGGCGAUGGGCCCCGACUCCGCUCCGGCUGUGAAUGCCGGUGGCCUCCACAUUGCGGGCAAACCGUGGUUUGUGGUGGCUACCAAGGGCGACCUCCCGGAUACGCGGAGUAACUUUGACGAGUUGCGGGAGUAUCUUGCUGCUAUCAGCCGAGGGGACGAGCCGCAUCCUAGCGGGGUCGAGGGUGCUUGGACGCAUGAUUGCAGGGCCAUUCCUGGACACCGAGGCGGCGGCCGCGGUGGCCGUGGUCGUGACCGCGACAGCGGCGGAGGCCAUCGCCCGUACCAGACAUAUCCCGAGUACUACGACACAAUACUCGACCUGCCCGAGGAUGAAAAGGCCGAUUUUUGGGCGGCGCUCAGACGAGAGCUGCCCAACAGCUUCCGGUUCUGCGGGUCCAAGGGCCACGCGCUCGCCGUCAAGCGCCUACUCCAGACGAGAUAUAUCCCCGAAAUCACACGCAUCACCCAUGAGGGCGUCGCUGUGGACCCACCGAAGCCUGUGCCCUGGUAUCCCGACGGGCUCGCCUGGUCCAUGACCACCCCAAAGAACGUCAUCCGCAAGUUCCCUCCCUUCGCCGCCUUCCAGAAGUUCCUGGUGUCCGAGACCAGUGUGGGCAACAUCAGUAGACAGGAGGUCGUGAGCAUGAUUCCGCCUCUGCUUAUGGACGUCAAACCCGGCAUGACCGUUCUGGACCUCUGCGCAGCUCCCGGCAGCAAAGCCGCCCAGUUGCUGGAGAUGAUCCACCGGGGCGAGGAGGCGCGCAUUCGUCAGGUCGUGCAAUCAUUCUCGGCCGACGAUGUGAAGACGGCAGAUGAACAGGAGGAAGAGGCCGCUCGACUCGAGGCCGAUCCGAGCGACGACGGCAGAGCGACGGGCAUGCUCAUCGCCAACGACGCCGACUACAAGCGAAGCCACAUGCUGAUCCACCAGCUAAAACGGCUGUCCUCGCCCAACAUGAUCGUUACCAACCACGACGCCACCAUGUACCCUCCUCUUCGGAUACCGAACCCUGAGAACCCUUCAAAACCCAACUACCUCAAGUUCGACCGCAUCCUGGCCGACGUGCCCUGCUCGGGAGACGGCACUCUCCGCAAGAACGUCAACCUGUGGAAGGACUGGACUCCUGGUAAUGCGCUUGGACUCCACUUGACCCAGGUCAGGAUCCUUGUCCGUGCACUGCAGAUGCUCAAACCUGGCGGUCGCGUCGUCUACUCGACCUGCAGCAUGAACCCCGUCGAGAACGAGGCCGUGGUGGCGGCGGCUAUCGAGCGGUGCGGCGGGCCCGAGAAGAUCGAGAUCAUCGACUGCAGCGACCAGCUCCCGCUGUUGAAGCGGAAGCCCGGCAUGAGGAAAUGGCAGAUCAUGGACAAGUCUGCCCGGCUGUGGAAUUCGUGGGAGGAGGUGCAGGAAUACACCAAGUCCACCGAAGAUGGCAUUGCCCCUGGUCGUCUUGUCGACAGCAUGUUCCCACCGACUGCCGGUAGUAACUGCGCCGACCUUCCCCUGGAGCGCUGCAUGCGGGUCUAUGCGCACCAGCAGGACACUGGCGGCUUCUUCAUCACUGCGCUGCACAAGAAAUCCGAGUUCAAGGCGAAGCCCGAGGAGAACAGAAAGCAGCCCGUCCAACAUGCGAAGGCGAACGGCAAGGCGAGCGCUGGGAAGCGGCCGCUGGAAGAGGAUGGCAAGGAAGCGGAGGGCGGUGUCAAGAAGUUGCGGUUGUCUGAGGAGCCGGUCGUAAAGGAGCAAUUGACCGAGAUGGACACCGAGGUCAAGACCGAGAUGGACACCGAGGUCAAGACUGAGGUGGACACUGAGGUCAAGACUGAGGGGGAGACUGAGGUGAGGACUGAGCCAACAGAUCCCACCUUCGCCACCCCUCAAGUAUCAACCCCAGCCGCCGCAGCCUCCGAGCUACCCGAACCCAAGCGCAAGCCCGAUGGCCCCUACGAAGAACCCUUCAAGUUCCUCCCUCCCGACCACGAAGUAAUCAAGAAUGUAGCCGAGUUCUACAAGAUCUCCCCGCGCUUCCCGACCGACCGGUACAUGGUGCGCAACGCGCUCGGCGAGCCCGCCAAGGCUAUCUACUACACGUCGGCGCUCGUGCGCGACAUCCUGGUGCUCAACGAAGGGCGCGGCGUCAAGUUCGUGCACGGCGGCGUCAAGAUGUUCGUCAAGCAGGACGCUCCCUCGGCCGAGGUCUGCCGCUGGCGCAUCCAGAGCGAAGGGAUGCCCAUCCUGCACGGCUACGUCGGGCCCGAGCGGGUGGUGGUGCUCAACAAGAAGGAGACGCUCAAGAAGCUGCUGAUCGAAAUGUUCCCCAAGAUCGCGGGCGACGACUGGAAGCGCAUGGACGAGAUCGGCGAGCGCGUGCGCGAUCUGGCAUUGGGGUGCUGUGUGCUCCGCAUCGAGCCCGAGGCGGGCGACGAGGACUUUACGGAGCACAUGGCGCUGCCGCUCUGGAAGAGCUUCCAAAGUCUGAACCUGAUGCUCCCUAAAGAGGAUCGUAGUGCCAUGCUGCUGCGCAUCUACAAUGAUACUACGCCGCUGAUCAACAUGGGUAUACAGAAGGACAACAAACCCAAGGAACAGAAGGCGGAGGAGGAGACUGACGGUGAUGCUCAGGGGAAGGAUGCUGAGAUGAAGGACGCUGAGGUUAAGGAAGAGGAAGAGGAGGCAGCUGCGGUUGGUGCUGCGGAUGUCGAGGUCGUCGAUGCACCUGCUCCUGAAGCUGAGGCUAAGACUGAUGUUGUUGAGGAAGAUGGAGCGGGUCCCGCCGGGGGAGAGUCAAAAGCCUAG